AUGGCAUCUCACCAGCGCUCUCCCUCGAUCGAAGUCGUGUCCGGCGGCGCGCCUGCCCACACUAGGAAGACGGCGCUUAUGGAGUCGACACGGACGACGAAUAACCAGUCUCCCAGUGGGACGGGGGCGUGGACGAAGGGGCUCAAUGCGCCUUUGAUGAAGGAGCCCAAGGAGCAUGCCCAUACGACCGCAACAUCGAUCCAGGCGAAGCCUGCCGCUGCGAUGGCGAGCGCGGAGAGGCGUGUGCCCAACACCUCUGCAGGAUCGAAGCGCAAGCUGGACGCGCCGACGUUUACUGCGAAGCGCGCGAAGACGGGUGCUGCAGCGAAGCUGGGCGCUGUACCGAAGACAAAGGAGAACAAGGUGAAGGUUGAGCAGGGUAACAUGAAGGCCGAGCAGGGUAACGCGAAGGUUGAGCAGGGCAAGGCGAAGGCUGAGCAGAGUAACACAAAGGCCGAGGAGAAGGAGGACACUGCGGAGCGCUGGAAGUGGAUUGACCGUAGGCGGCCUGAGAUUGAAAUCAAGGGCACGAGCAUCGAGGCCUUCAAUUGUGGGGGGACCUUCUUCAAGUCCUCGGCCAAGCACGUCGCCGACCGCCUUGACAAGCUCGAGGCCUUCCUCGCCGAAUGCGAUGGCGACGAGCGCUACCACCCUAUGUACGGCGACUGGGAAUCCUACAAGGCCAAGCGCGUCACGAGGAAGAAGGGCGAGCCAGAGGAUACGCGGUGGCAGUGGAUUGAUAGGCGGAAGCCGGAGAUACGCUUCAAAGGCACGAAGAUCGAGGCGUACAACUGCGGCGGCGCGUUCUGGAAGGCGACGGGGAAGACCAUUGCCGAGCGGCUUGACAAGAUGGAGCGCUUUCUCGCGGAGUUUCCCCGGCGGACUCUGCACGUCUCUGCACCUGCCCUCAAGAAGAAGAGCAAGGGCAAAACCACCGUCUUCGAGGAUGAAUUCUCCUUCGAAGAGUCCGGCGAGUCCCUCUUCGCUGACGCGGGCGCAGAGAGCGCCAUGGAGGGUCUGAAGGAUGAGGCGUCCACUACCCCAGCGGAGGACAAGCGGAACGAGCACGUCGCGAACUCGAAUAAGCUCUCCCCGGACGCGCGCCAGCAGCGAUUCGACGAGCUCUACAACUUCGUGAAGCCGAGAAUAGGGCGGCGGCCGAUUCACAGCAAGGAGCAGGUCCGCCGGUCGGCGUGGAACCACCUCAUCCAGCUUGCGACGAAGCCAGAGCAGCUAGAGCAGGUCGUCGAGCUGCUCCCGGCGUGGAAGGACAGCGGGCGCGAGAUCAACGCGACUAUCAGCGAGCUGUUCAUCCGCCGGUGCCACGAGCUGCAAUCCCCCGCCCUCGCUGUCAAGGUCUUCGGUGACUUCGGCCGCUACGGCGUCCCCCUCACCCUCGAGGGCGGCCGCACGCUCCUCUACUCCCUCCUCCUCUACGACUCCAUCCCCAACAUCGUCGCCGUCACUACACUUUACAAGGUGUACGACCUCCCGCCCCUCGCCUCCGACCUCGUCUCCUGCAGCAUCCUGGUCGCCGCGUGUCAUAAGCACGGCGAUGCGGAUGCGCAGGUCGUCGCGGAGACGCUCACGCCGUUCUUGAAGGACCUUGUGGCGAAGGGCGACGAGGCGGGAAGGGGGAGGCACCCGGAGGAGCAGUACGAGAAGUGGCUAAGUUGGGCGCUGUUCCAGGUGCAUCAGGCGCGGGUGCAGGCGGCGCAGCCGUCGUACCCGUGGUUGGAGAAGUGGAGGAGUGUAUGGGAGACGAAGGGUAUUGUGGAUCCUGUGACGAAGGAGCCGGUACAGACCGCUGCAUAACUUACCUUCUGCUCAAUGCUACUCACCCCAUUCAUGCCUUGUCGCACUGAAUACACAUCUCCUUUCAAGAUC